AAUGUUUGUUCAGGCACAGUUUGACUGAAAAAAGUUUUUACUGGGUGUAAAGUGAGGAUCCUCUGACACUGAAAUGUCAUCUCCACAGGAUCAAGAAGUUUCAGAGCUCAGCGUUCCGGCGCCGUGGGGGGAGAUCAAGGGGAAAAUCUGGGGUCCUGAUGAUGGCUACCCUGUGCUCUGUCUGCACGGCUGGGCCGAUAACUGUGCAUCAUUCGACUGCCUCGUUCCUCUCCUGCCAAAAGAGUGUAGAUACGUAGCGACGGACCUGGUUGGACACGGGUUAUCUUCACAUCGUGCUCCUGGCGUUUCCUACCUACUCAGUGACUACGUGGCAGAUGUUUGCAGAGUUGUUGAGGAUCUCCAGUGGACAAAGUUCUCCAUCAUCGGUCACAGUAUGGGAGGCUUCAUUGCUGGCAUGUUCGGUGCUCUGUACCCUGAGAUGGUGGAUGUCCUCGUAUUGCUGGACAGCUAUGGAUUUGUUAUUACGCGCCCAGAUGACCUCUCCAAAUUAAUGAGGCAGGGGAUAGAUGAGAUGAUGAAGUUCAACACAUUCAACAGCAGAGUUUACACAUUUGAGACGGCACAGGAAAGGCUUUUGGCAGCAAACCCGACUCUGUCUGAACGGUCUGUGCACACACUCUUAAAGCGAGGUCUGACUCAAGUUGAAGGAGGUUUUGUGUUCUCCAGAGACCUGCGAGUUAAUUUUAAACACAUUCACCGCUUCAGUCUGGAGGUCUGUCUGGAGCUGCAGUCGAAGAUUCAAGCCUCCACCCUGAUUAUUCUAGCUGAUAACGGCUUUGGGAUGCCGUCCAAACAGCAAGAAGCAUCCGAACUUCUUCAAGCCUUUAAGGACAGAAAUCAUGCUGUGGUUUCUGUACCAGGUGAUCAUCACGUCCAUCUGAAUGAUCCAGAAGUCGUUGCUCCGCUUGUCACUGACUUUCUGCGGAGCAAAGUGAUCUCGCAGCAGCUGCCAGCUUAGUACAUACACGCACACGUACAAACACACACACACACACACACACACACACACACACACACACACACACACACUGUGGUGAAUUUUCACAGAUGAGCUCACAGCACACGGCUCUCGUCGCCAUAACCAUAAAACUGCAAGAGUCAUUUGUUUCUGUUGAACACUACAGUAAAUUCAUUUAGUGACUUGGAGUGAUAAAAACCUGCUCGUGCCAACUUUCAUAAAGUCUGUUAUGGAUGAAAUGAAGCUACUCCCGAUUGUGUUUUACAACACUUGACUGAAAUAUCCAGACAAUUACAAGACCUGUGAGUUCUAAUGUGCUUUUGUAAAUAUGCUGUUGAACUGUUUGAUCGCCAUUAUAUGGUUGUAAAAGACGGCAUGAGUCACUAUUGGCAGAAAGUCUUUCACACUAAGCACACAAUAAAAACAGUUUAUACAAAUAAAAGUGAUGGACUUUAAAUCUGAAAACAAACAAAUGAUUAAUCAAAUUAGUCAUAUCUUAACAAAAAAUUGAAACUCAGCAUUGGAGAAUAAUCAUGCUAUUGAUUUUUUUGAUGUAGUCCAUUUGAUGCAUCUCCUAUGGUAAUAUAGGCACUGUUUUACAUUAAUUUUUUUGGGGGACUGUUGCAGUUUAGCAG